CAAAUACCAAGUUGAAGUUCAGAGUUUGAAACUGGAUGAUGAUUCAGUUAUAGAAGGAGUCAGUGACCAAGUACUUGUGGCAGUUGUGGUCAGUUUUGCUUUGAUUGCUACCCUGGUAUAUGUACUUUUCAGAUGAAUUUAAAAAGUACUUAUAAUUUGAACAAAAUGUCAACACAGUCUGAGUAUCAAAGUAAAAAAGUGUAAUUGUCAUAAUUGAGUCCAUCAACUUGCAGGAAGGUCCAUCAGCUUUUAUAGAAAUGCACAUCAAAAUAUUCAUCCAGAAAACCAAGAGCUAGUAAGGGUGCUUCGGGAGCAACUUCAAACAGAACAGAUGUAAAACCUGAUGAUUCUACUCCACUGACUAUUCCCUUAAGCAUAACUGAACAUAAGAGUCAUUUCAACCCUCAAGUGUGCCAUGUAUCUGGAUGUUUUCUCAUCAGGAUGCACCCGCUGCUGCCCGGCAGCAGUUCUACACUGAUAUGUACUGUCCAAUCUGUUUACAUCAAGCCUCCUUCCCUGUUGAAACAAACUGUGGACAUCUUUUUUGUGGUACUUGCAUUAUUGCAUACUGGCGAUAUGGUUCAUGGCUUGGGGCAAUCAGUUGCCCAAUCUGUAGACAAACGGUAACCUUACUACUACCAAUAUUUGGUGAAAAUGACCAGUCUCAGGAUGUUUUGCCACUGCAUCAAGAUAUUAAUGAUUAUAACCGGAGAUUCUCAGGUCAGCCUAGAUCUAUUCUGGAAAGAAUUAUGGAUCUACCCACUUUGCUGAGGCAUGCAUUCAGGGAAAUGUUUUCAGUCGGGGGCCUUUUCUGGAUGUUUCGUAUCAGGAUAAUACUUUGUUUAAUGGGAGCUUUUUUCUAUCUUAUAUCACCUCUAGAUUUUGUACCUGAAGCCUUGUUUGGAAUCUUAGGAUUUCUAGAUGAUUUCUUUGUCAUCUUUUUGUUGCUAAUCUACAUCUCUAUUAUGUACCGAGAAGUGAUAACACAGAGACUAAACAGAUGAACAAACAAUUUACUAAAAUAUUUGAAUAUGUAAAACUAAAGACCCACAGCAGCAUUUCAUGACUAUCCUAUGAGCCUAAAACCACAAUAUGACAAAAACUUGAUUAUCACUUGACAAAUGCCUGGAUAACAUAUGACUGGAAUUUUUACAUGUUGCAGGUUCUAUUAUUAAGGUUAGAACUGUAAUUACUUACAACUGUAUCUUGAUUCUGUGUUGUCUGUAAAAUCUCUGGGGGAAAUGUGAAAUUAAUUUUAUUUUUUGAAUUUUGUGGGGUAGGGUUGGGCCACAUCUAGCAAUGCUUGGGUUAUUCCUGGCUGUGCAUUCAGGAAUCACUCCUGGCAGGGCACAGGAUUCCAGGGAUCAAACCUGGUCAGUAGUGGGCAAAGCAAGCACCCCACGUACUGUUCCAUCUCUCCAGUCCUAAAAUUUUAUAUAAUUUUAUAUAAUUUUAUUUUCCCCAAAUUCUCUCAUAUUAAUUGGAUGCAUACUAAGAUAGUAAGGAUAUAUAUCUUGCCAUUUUUCUUCCUUUGGGUAUCAACCUAUAUGAUAAUAUAUAUUGCUAUAACAUUCAUUUAAAUAUUUUGACAAUAAAGCCUUAUACAAUAUUGAGGUAAAGUAUUUUAGUGUAGUUUUAUUCAUUCAGAACAGUUCUGCUUUUUUUCUGAUAUUCUUUCCGGAUGAAAUUGAGAGAAACUUGAACUUUUUAAUCUGGUUUCACCUUUCGGUUUACAGAAAAAAUUCUCAUCAAUGGAUAUUACAUUUCAAGUCAGCAUAUUUGAUGUUUAGAGCUUGGUCUUUUAUGAGAAUAAUAAAUUGGUAAAAGGGAAAUUUUAGGAACCUGGGUAAUAUUGCAAACACAUCAUAGUUUCAUGCAUAUUGGAGGAAAAUAGAUCUUCAUGAUUUUGAGCAUCACAAGUAUUGGGAGGAAACUAGGAACACUAUUAUUUAAUUCUGACAAGAAAAAUGACUGGUGAGCUGUCCCAACAAGUGGGCAAAUAUGGUUGGUUUUCUCUUGUUGGCACACUUAGUUGCAACUGUCCCUAAAGGGUGGCAUAAAUCCUCGUUUAUUCAGGUCUUCUGCUGAGAAAAUGUUGCAUGAGGUGAUUCAACUGGAAAGUUAAGUUGGUUUUUAGAUGGUUAGAGCAUUAAGUAUAUAUAUAUACAUACAUAUAUAUACAUAUAUAUAUAUAUAUAUAUCUUAUGUGAUUUGUUUGAAAAGACUCAAAACGGUCAGUAUUAUGAAACCCAGUUCUCUCUACUGGUAUUGUUCAUUAGUGAACUGGCCAGCAAGUUUGCCCCGGCCCAGUGUUAGUUCUGUCACCUGCAGUCAUGAAUAGUCCUACUAUCCAUUUGUGUAUUAGGGAGUCUCACUUGUACAGUUGGGGAGGAAAAAACCAACAACACUAGUUAUCAGAUUAACUUAAGUAAUGAGAUGAUAUAGACUGAUUACCAUGUUUUCUAAAUUGGAUCUAGGAUAAAGCUGUUGGUGUGGGGGAAAACAAUAAUGCUAAAUCAUAACAAUUAUAAUAAAAGCAGUUUCUUGAUUUUUUUUUAGUUCUCAAGACAACAUUGUGAAAAAGGUAGGGUUAGGGGCCAGAGCGAUAGUAUAGUGGGUAGGGCAUUUGCCUUGCACGUGGCUGACCCGAGUUCAAUCCCCAGCAUCCCAUAUGGUCUCCAAGCACUGCCAGGAGUAAUUCCUGAAUGCAGAGCCAGGAGUAACCCCUAAGAAUUGCUGGACAUAUGACCCAAAAAGCAAAAAAAAAAAAAAAAAAGGUCGUAGGGUCUCACCAUUUUAAUAAAUGACAUUCUUAUGUUUUAUAGAUAAAAAAUGUUUUUGUCUGUGGGAGGCCAGAGAAAUAGUACAGCAGGUAGGGCACUUGCCUUGCACCCUAUAAGGUCCCUUGAGCCAACCAGGAGUGAUUCCUGAGCACAGAGCAAGGAAUAAGCCUUGAUAAUGCAGAGUGUGGCCCCCCUGCCCCCCAAAAGUGUUUUUUUUUGUCCAAAACCACACACAAAUUAGGUGACUGAAGUGCUUGUUAUUAAAUUUACUUGGAUUUUUAAAGUGGAUUCAGUUAGGCUGAAGAUUGAGAGAAAUCUUUGGUGGUCUUGUGACAUGAGGAUGAUGCCUGGGAGAGGUUAAGAAAGGUAACAACAGGCUCUUAUGAUUCUUAAGUCUGUACUUCGUAAUCAAAUGUCUUCUGGAAUAGCAUGCUUUAUAGAAAACCAUUUUAGCUGCAGUCACCAACUUAAAAACUUAAUGGAGGGCUGAGGACUUUGUACAGAGUAGAAACACACUUCCUACCAAUUACAAAUGUGGUACAAGGCAACAGCAAUAUCACUUUUAGAAAGGAUAUAAUUUUCUGUGCAUGUGUUCUACUUCAAAUUCUGUAUUUCUCUUUAUUUUAUUGUAAUAUUUGAAAAUCCUUGUAGCUUUAUUGGAAGAGGUGUAUUAUACCAAAUUUUGUAAUAAAACACUAUGUGAUCUAAAGUUUCAUUAAAAUAAGGGGAUAUGCUGACAUGUCAGGAUUUUUAGACCUGCUUAUUGUCAUCUUAACUGAUCACGCAUAGAAGGAAUCUGACAGUAUUUAAAGUGAAUCAGUAUUUGAAAAUACAGUAGUACUUCUAAUCCAGUUAACCUAAUUAUAUAAAUCAAAGCCAAUAAUAUGGGCUUUUGUAAACAAUAAUACUGUACUUUUUCGAUGUUGCAACCCAGGAGCAGAAAAUUUGGAGCUCUGUGGAAAACAAUGAGAAAAAAAAACUGCUCUAAAUGUCUGCUACUACAAUUAGUGUGAGAGGAACAAGGGGAAAAUGGGCUUUGUUGGUUCCCAAAGCUUUGUGUCUUACCUGCCUAAGCAUUGUUGCAAAGGAUUGACAGAUGAUGAUUUAAGAGUUUGUCAAGUAAUUAUUCUCUGAAUAAAAGCAACAUCUAAAAUUAAAAAAUA